CCGUUGCCGCCCUUCUUUUCCGAGCCAUGCAUAGCAACGCAGAACUAGCAAACUCCAAGGAAGGCGACGGAGAGAUGAUCGAGCGAGUGGACGCAGCCAGAGCCAACAUUCAUCGCUCCGUAUCCGCGAGGUCUAGGACAGGAGUUCGACAAGACAUGUAUAUUCCUCCGCAUAUGCCCAACCUUUCCCCAAUGCCCGAGGAGGACGUACACGUCCCCCGCCUACCUACACCAGGAUUCCCUCGCUCAGGAGCUACUACUCCCCAUUCCGCUUCAAAAGCCUCGGUGCGAAGCACCGGCAGCUCUGGUCCGCCCGCUCGUGAUGCGCGCGUCUCAGUUCGCCAUUCCGUCUCAGCGGCCUCUAUCCGGAGCGGACGCUCCGUCGACUCCGGAAAGCAGUCGCUCAUAUCCACUGUGGGCAUUGGGCGCAAGUUCACGCACAAGUGGCCGCGACCGCUGAGUGUCCCUGUUCCCAACGCUCCGGCGCUAGGCGAAAGCGGUCGCGUCGGUAAGCUCAGGAUUCCAGCGCUGGUCCUCGAGGACGAGGACUACGUCGUCGAGGGCACGGAGCUAAAAGAGCAGAAGAAAAAGGCCAGAUGGACGAUACACAAGUGGGCGCUGUUCUUCUCCGUCAUCAUGGUCUUUGGCUUUGGCGUGUGGCUCUUCGUGGACUCGAUGCUCACCUGGUUCCGGACUUGGCAAAACGCGGACGUCGUCCUCGUGGCCAAUCGUGACAUCCUCUCCCUAAGCACCGUCGCCGGAACCCUUCUACUGUUCAACGCAAUCAUCGGCGGCACCGGUGUCCUCCUCAACUCCCGCCCCUUCCUCGCCGUCUACACCGUUCUUCUCUGGCCCACCUUCGUCUCGGUGUGCUCCGUCGGCUACGCCUCCUACAAACGCACCGUAUAUUCACUCUCUUUGAAGCUCAACGCUGCCUGGAGCGCGGAGUACACCCCCGCGGGCCGCAUGGCCAUCCAAAACGCCCUUCACUGCUGCGGCUGGUUCAGCCCGCUGCACGAGGCAGAAGGCAGCAAGAUAUGCUAUGCGCGGUCGCCGCUCCCCGGCUGCAAGGGCCACCUUCUCCGCUUCGACCGGGGCUGGCUGAUGACGCAGUACAUCAGCGCGUUCUCGCUUGUGCCGUUCGUUGUGAUUGCUAUCGUCAUAGCGCUCCUUUGCUCCAACCACGUAACGCAGAGGUUUGGCAAGGGGAUUUUGCCUCGGCAGUAUUGGCUGCGCGUGGAAGAUGUCAGAGAGGAGGCUCAGAGGAUUAUGAAGUCGGGUGUUCUACAUCCGGACGAAGCGAGUGAUGCCAAAGAGAAGGUCAGCGAGGCUACAAGUUAA